UCUUUAUCGGUGAAUUUAAGAAGUGAAAAUGAGAGGACGUAAAAAUCUUGAAACUUACGUAACUGCCUUUCCAUCUUCGUCUUCUAUUGUAACACAAUUCGAAUUACCAGAACCAAAUUCGAACCUUCACGUUUGUUUUUGUGCAUGUGGUUUUCCCCGAGUAUAUCACAAGAAUGGCGGGAUCUGUUUUCACUUCUGCUUUGGAAGGAAUGAAGCAUGUUAAAUCUGAAAAUGGAGAGAUGCUCACCAAGCAUUUCUUGGAUGUAUGCAAACAGUUACUACCCGUUUUAGAUAAGUUUGGAGCAGCACUUUCACCCGUCAAAUCUGAUGUUGCUAACAAUAUAUCGAGGCUGGAAACCAAGUACUCUUCCAACCCAUCAGAAUUCAAUCUAUUGUACAGUCUAGUUCGGCCUGAGAUUGAAGCCAAAACCGCUAAAUCCUCAUCCAGUUGCACAAAUGCGCUACUCUGGCUAACUAGGGGUAUGGACUACUUGGUGGAGCUGUUUCGAAAUCUACAUGAUAAUCCAGACUGGCCACUGUCAAAAGCUUGCACAGAAGCCUACAACAAGACAUUGAAAAAAUGGCAUAAUUGGAUAGCUAGCUCUGGUUUUAGUGUUGGAAUUAAGCUUGCUCCUGAGAGGAAGAAAUUCAUGGAGAUAAUAGGCGAAACGGCUGAUUUGACUUCUGACAUUCAGAAGUUCUGCACAAAUUUCUCUCCACUUCUCGAAGAGAAUCAUAAGUUCCUUGACUCUGUGGGAAUGGACAAUCUCAAAGCCUGAUACCACUAAACCAGAUUGUGGAUAUAUAAUUAGUUUGAUCACUUUAUGUUUCCAGUUUCCUUCCAUAUGUAUUCUUUCUCUUUUUUUUUUUGGUGGGGGGGGGCGGGGCGCGAGGUGGGAGA